AUGGCCGAUAAAAAGGGCUCGGCGUACGGCACGCCGGCUGACGACACGUCUUUCCGGCGGAGCUACGACCUGGACGAGUACGCGCAGAAAGCCAAAGUACGAGAUGCAGCUGAUAAAGAAGAAGCGAAGGCACGAUAUGAGGCAAAAAUGGCUGGUAAAAAGUACUACAAGCCUCUGACGGGCGACGAGACGCUCACGCGGGCGCGACGCGAUAUCAUCGACCUCGAAGCCAACGUAGGCAAGACGACAUUAGUCCCGGCGGGCGCGGGCCAGGGGAAAAGGGGCCGCGGGGCCGGGUUCUACUGCAGCGCCUGCGACCUCACGUUCAAGGACAACAUGCAAUGGGUCGAGCACGUGAACAGCAUGCAGCACCUACGGAACAUCGGCGAGACGGGCGAGGUCAAAAAGGCGAGCGCGGAAGAAGUACACCAGCGCAUCACAGAGGUAUGGGAGCGGCUGCAAGAGCAGAAGAAGGCAAGCUUGACGACGCUAAAAGAGCGCUUGGAAAUGCGCGAGGAAGAGGCGACUAAGGAGAGGGAGGCGAGGCGGCUUAAGAGACAGGAGGAGCUGGCGAAGAAGAAGGCGGCGCAAGAUGCGCAGGAGAAGAUUAAGACUGAGUAUGGCGACGACGUGCGCAUCGAAGGUGAGCAUGAUGAGGAUGAUAUGAUGGCUGCGAUGGGGAUUACGGGGUUUGGGACGUCGAAGAAGAAGAAGUAG